AUGAUUCGAACUGAAAUUGUCACGCCCCGCUGCGGGCCCAUUACCAAAUUGGUGGUCAGCAUUAGCAGCGGCCAAACAAAAAUUACUUACGCAGAUGACUCGAGUCGCGCCUCUUGUGCGAAUCCCUCCUGGUUAACCUACAACGGCAGAAUGGCGGACCUCAGCCCGAUGUGUGAGCCAGCGCCCAAAGAUUAUCCCAAGGAGGCGAAACACUUUUUGGAAAGACAUUUUGGAACUAACUCACAUAUAAGGGUCUCGGAAGCUGCUAAAAAACGCCUAGAAUUAUUGGACUUAACUGUCUUAAGUUACAAUGAUAUAGAUUUGGAGGAAAAUAAGCCUGUUGUGUGGCAUGAAGUGACUUUAGAGGAGGUUGAACUACCGCCAGCUCAAAGGGCGAGCAUUGUGGAGUACAAGGAACCAGAGACGGACUCUAUAAAGAUAUUGAAUUUCGCUUGGCAUUUGCAGAACUGUAGGGCCUGGGAGUUAAUUAUCAGUGAUAGAUACAGGGGGGCCAAAUGCUUUUGUCCGCGCAUCAGGAAGAUAAUGGAUACUAUAAACGAUCUAGUUGAACCAGAAAUGUUUCAGAUCGAGUCAUCGGAGGAUGAUUCUGCUUGGGUUCCCGCUUUGAGCGAGAAAGUGCAGAGCGCUAGUUUCUUACUCAAGAAACUACAUAACCUCCUAGAUCUCCAGAAAGAGGUCAAUCUUCGUUACCAGGACAUCUGA